AUGAACACUCAACCCAACGAAUCAAAUGUUUCGCUUCAAUCGACAACAACUGUUAGUUCUAAUACACCUUUACACCGUUCUCAAUACCCUCAGAAAGAUUACUCUGCUGCUUUUGGGGCCCUUCAAUCGCGUUAUGGAACUGGAGGAAUCCUUCCCAAUCCAAAGAAAGAAGCCUCUAAGAAACUACCCAAUAGUACUCCUUCUUCAGUGGCAGGAUCCUCUCCUUCCUCUUCUUCUGCACUGGCAUCGACCUUAGGGUCUUCCGAGGUCACACUUGCGACAGAGUCGUCCUCAUCUAUCGCAUCGCAGCCUCGGUCAGAUGCAUCGGGAGGAACUUCAGAAAGCGCAGUAGGGUCCUCAGCCUCUGGAUCCAACUCGGGGUCUAGCACUGGUGGACAAACUCGCAAGAAGAAGGAGAAGAAAUCAAUCUUAAAGUCUCUUCUUAAAGGCAAGAAGAAGAAAGAGACGAUCCAACCAGAUUCGUCGACUUGA